AUGCCGGCGGGAGUUCCCAGGUUGUAUCCUGCCGAGAUCAUACCCAUACCGCUACUGGACCCGUUGCUCGAGGCCAACAAUCUGAAGCUGAUGGUGUGCGCUGCCUGGGCUCUUGGCGUGAUUUCUGUUAUCUUGUGUUUCCUGUUGCCUUCUUGGUUUCCAAAAUACCGCCGUUGGGCGUACUAUCAGGACGUCACUUCUCUGGAUGCUGCUACAGAAUUGAUGGUCCAAUCCCCGGGGAGGAAGGCGGCCUUUUGCGUGAUCCGGAAGGGGUACAGAUAUCGAAUUGACGCCGACGGAAAAAUCGAUCGCACACGUGUGCGCGAAGGCCCGGUCGUUACCUACAAUUCGAAAAUAUACCUUGUUGCGCCUGCCAAGUUUCAUCCUGAGCGCGCAAUAAAGUACACGACGUAUGGGGACGGGGAGAGACUAGUUUUACUGGCUCCUCAGUACAGUAUUGAGGAGGAAUUCCGUUUUUACGAAGCUGCCGAAGGGCUGAAGACCAAGGUUCACGUAAACGAUGCGAUGAAGGUUUUCGGUCGGAAUUUGCAGGACAUUCCGACGCCUGGUUUUAUGGAGCUAUUUGCGGAACAUGCAGUGCAGCCUUUGUUCGUGUUCCAGAUAUUUUGUAUGUUGCUUUGGUUGCUGGAUGAGUAUUGGCAGUACAGUUUGGUGAGUUUGGGUAUUUUGGUUGCCUUUGAGGCGCAGAUGGUAGCUCGGCGUCGUCGAGACUUGGGACAGAUUAAAUCGAUGCACAUGCCUCCGACGCCAGUGUUGUGUUUGCGUCAGAACAAGUGGUGGAAGAUGAGCAGUGCGGAUUUGUUGCCGGGUGAUUUGUUCAGUCUUGCUAUGAACAACGACCUGCGCAGUGUAGCGAUGUACCCCGGGGGCAGUCCGAUUCCCAAGACCCGUUUUGCAGGUGAAGAGCAGAGUGUGGGUGUGCCUUGUGACGCAAUAAUUGUUCGGGGUUCGAUGGUGGUGAAUGAGGCGAUGCUGACGGGUGAAUCGUUGCCUCAGAUGAAAACCGGGGUGACGGGUUCCGUUGAUUCGCACGUGGUGUAUGACAUGACGAACAAACACAAGAUCCAUACGCUGUAUGCGGGGACGACGUGUUUGACGGAGACCCCAGUGGCGAAUGAAGCGGAGUCCGUGGGUGGUGCAGCCUUAUACUGUCUUCGAACGGGUUUCCAGACUACUCAGGGUAAACUGAUCCGGACCGUGUUGUACAGUGCUGAGAACUCGACCAGUUCGAGCAAGGAAGCCCUCCUCUUUCUUUUGGUCCUAACCAUUGUCGCUGUCUUUGCCUCUGGCUACGUGCUCUGGCAUAGCUGGGGACUGCCCAACCGUAACCACUACAAGCUGCUGCUGCACUGCGUCAUGAUCAUCACCUCUGUGGUCCCACCGGAGUUACCGAUCACCAUGUCCAUUACCGUCAACGCUUCAGUCAACGCUCUCUUCAAGGAAAAACUUUACUGCACCGAACCAUUCCGGAUCCCACCGGCCGGCAAACUCACCUAUUGCUGCUUCGAUAAGACGGGCACACUCACCACUAGCGAAGUAGUGUUGGAGAACAUCUACACGCCGGACAACAAAUGCGUUGAUGCGCUCGCGGUCGUGUCCGAACGCGAUGCCAAGGAACGAGGCAAGACCCCCUCGACCCCAGGUGGCCUCACGUCCGGUGGCCUCACGUCCGGGAGUCCCCCAUGCGGUGUAGAGGAGCUUGCAUUGGGUGCUCGGUUGGCGAUGGGAUGUUGCAAUUCGCUGAUAGCGGUGAAGAAGCGAUCGCGGUUGCCUGCGCACAUGCGACAGGCGGGUGGUAAGGCGGUGGAGGAGGCGUUACAGAUAAUCGGUGAUCCGUUGGAGAAGACGGCGGCACAGUUGGUGCAAUGGAGUCCGGUGUUGAAUCAGACAGAGGAGUAUGUGCAUGGGGGGUCGCGUGUGCAAGUAUUGCGUCGGUUCCCGUUCGCUUCGGAGUUCCGGCGUCAGACAUCGGUGAUUCGUCUGGAGGGGAGUACCCCGGGGGGGAGUGCGAGACAUUUUGUGGUUUGUAAGGGAGCCCCGGAGACGGUGGGUGCGCUCUGUGGGGAAAUCCCGGAUUGGUACUUGGGCAAGGUGGAUGAGUUGGCGCUGCGAGGCCGACGUGUGUUAGGUGUAGCGUGGAAGGAGGUUGAGCCACGGGUCGCACAGGCUGCACGCACACUUGAGCGCCAAACGCUGGAGGCCGACUUGGAAUGUGGCGGACUGUUGGUGUAUGGCUGCCCUAUAAAACCUAAGACCGUCGAGACCAUCCGGGUUCUUCGUCAGUCCGGCCACGCCACAGUUAUGAUCACGGGCGACGACCCCAGGACCGCCGCACACAUCGCACAACAAGUCGGCAUGGUACCCCCCGAGAACGAGGUAUGGCUAAUCGCCGAGGUUCUCAACCACAACAACAGCCCCAUGGCAGACGGUACCGCAGAUUAUACCGACGAGCGACUCACAGACCUCUCAAGUUCGGCCGAACAACUCUUAACCAAGACCACAACCGGACCGGGGAAGGUUGAUGAGACCACUCAGAUGGGAGGGGAGAGCGAAUCCUUAUUGACGGAGAGUGUGCGAUUAGUGACGCGCGAUCGGCAACAAGAGCGUGUAGUUGAGGUUAAUCGGUUAGAUGAGGUUAAUCGGUUAGAUGGCAGUGGUGGUAGUUUAGUGCUGGUUGGUGCAGUGAUGUCUAAUAUGUCGGAGCGCGUGUUGGAAACUGUGUUGCCGUUAUGUACGAUAUUCGCACGUGUGACGCCGGCUCAGAAGGAGGUGAUAUUGAAAGUGUUAAAUCGUGCAGGUGAGACAACAUUGAUGUGUGGUGACGGCACGAAUGACGUGGGUGCUCUAAAAGCGGCGCACGUGGGUGUGUCUUUAUUGAAUUUCGAAGUGGAGAAAAUUGUGGAGAACAAGGCUGAGCGCGAGGCGGCUGCGAAGCGGCUGGACUUGUCUGUGGAGCCGGUGGAUGUAUCUCGAAAACGGCGGUUGGGACUCGGUCUGAAUGCGAAGCAGAUUCAACAAUUGGAGCGUAUGGAGUCGCAAUUCGUGGCGCAGCGUACACAGUUAGCAGCCUUGCCAGAGUCCUGGAGGAACCGUCUGUUGCCCAUGUUAUUCAAGAACAUUGUAACGUUAGAAGAGCGCAUGGCCCAAAACAACUUGGCACAGGUGGCUGGGCAGUCAUCAUCUGGUCUGGCAACGGCGUUGGAUGAAUUUGACGACGGCGUAAUGUUGCGUCCGGGCGAUGCGUCCAUGGCUAGUCCUUUCACGUAUCGAGGGCAAUCAAUCCGUUGCAUCCAGUUAUUGGUGCGGAUGGGUAAGGCGACACUGGCCAUUGUGAUGAUGAACUACAAGCUUAUGGCACUCAACUCCAUCACUAUGGCAUUCAGUUUAAGUGUGCUUACACUAAACGGAGUUAAGUUUGGGGACGGUCAAGCAACAGCCGAAAGUCUAUUUGUCUCUGUGCUCUACAUGUCUGUGAGCAAUGCACGAGCCGCCAAUUCAAUUUCGCGCGAUCGUGUCAUCGACUCCCUAUUCGACCCACAUUUCUAUCUCUCCAUUGUCGCCCAAAGUGCCGUACAUGUCGCCACUUGCGCCGCUGCCUGGCUCCUUGCACGCGCACAUUCAGACACACCCUCAGGACCCAUGGACGGACCCUUCCAACCCAACCUUGUCAACACUGUCGUCUUCCUCAUGGACGCCGCACAACACGCUAGCACAUUCCUAGGCAACUACGAAGGCGCACCCUUCCUCACCUCCUGGAAAGAUUUCAAGAUACUCUCACGCACACUCUGUGCAUUCAUCGCCGUCAUAUUCAUUGUCGCACUCGAAAUAUUACCAGAACUCAACAAAUUACUUAAACUAGUCCCCAUGCCCACCAACUCCUUCCGAUACACCAUGGUCGCGCUCCUGCUCGUUGACUUACUCGGAGCUUCCGCCAUGGGCAUUCUCGCCACCAAGUGGGGCCGUCGACGGAAGACGCUCUUGGUCGCCAAAAUAUAG